GAUUUAAAUUGUAUUAGCUAAAAAUAAUUCACAUAUCUCACGAAUGACAUUCCUAAAAUUCAUCUACACGAAUUGUUUCCGUUAAUAACGCGUAAUAAAGAGACUCGAUCGCAAUAAGUCCCACGGAAUUUCUUGAUUGCAGUCCGGUCACAAGGCACGCUCCACAAAUGGAAUGCAAUAUAAGUUCCUCGGAAUAUAUUCGUAUAUGACGUACUCUCUUUCUCUCACCAUAGAAUAUCCUAAGAGACCUUUCUUAAUUUUAAUCCUUAAAUAACAAUCGUAUAGCUGAUCUUCGAUAAAGGGCGAGGGGAUGUUGAAUCUGCGAACCAGUUCUUUCGAGCUUGCGCAUCCUGCGUCGUUCCCCAAGCGCGGAAUCCUGCGAGAUACGAAAGUUCGCAGUAAAGAUCCUCAGUGCGAAUCCAUCUUUCGCGGACUUCGCGGACUUCGCGAUACAAUCCUGUAAACCUCGUAAACGACGCUCACGAAACUGGGAUAAAAUCGGCAUAAAAUCCGAGUCAAGUUAACAAAAAUCCAAAUCGGAGACGAGGCUCGGCGAGUUUACUUAGUAAAUCGUUUCGUAGGGAGAUUUAAAUAGAAUUUGAUCAUAUUAAUGAUGAUACUGUUUCUGUUAGUCGCUCUCGCGGGCAUCCACUCGGGUUGGUCUCGGCGCGAUUCCUCGACUGGUGAACAUGUAGUUGGAGACACGGUGCACACGGUUCCUCUCGGUUCGGAGGCGACUUUCCACUGGAGAGUGGAUCUAAUGAACAAGCUGGUGAUCGUGGAGAUUCAUUACGUCGGCAACGAGAGUAGUUGGUUCGCGAUCGGAUUUUCCGACUAUGGAGAACUGAAACCGGCUGAUUACUGCAUCUUAUGGUCAGAUUGGCAUCAACAAAUUCAUCUUCAAGAUUCAUGGGCUGAUAUCGACGGGAAGUUGUACCUGGACACCCAACAGGACUGCGAGAACUUCGCGUGGAAAAGGCGCGGUAAUAUCACGAAAUUCACAUUCUCUCGUAAAUUCGACACUUGCGACGAGCAUGAUUAUAUCAUUGAAAGAGGCACAACCCACCUGGUGUGGCUCCGCGGACGCGGACCAUUGUCCUCCUUGGCCGGCCUCGAGAUAUCGGAUGCAAAAGCGUCGGGCAUGUCGCGUACGGAAUUACUCAGGGUGUCCCAUAAAAAGCCCAAAUUCCCCGCGAAUGCCUGGCAGCUCGAGUUACUCGCCCACCGGGUUCAAGUACCAAAACAGGAAACCACCUAUUGGUGUCGUGUUCAUAAGUUGCCAUCGGUAUUAAGACAGAAGCAUCAUAUCCUACAAUUUGGCCCCGCUAUUCAAGCGGGUAACGAACAUCUUGUACAUCACAUGGAAGUCUUUCAUUGCGCCGGAUCAGUGGAUCUAGAAAUACCAAUGUACGAUGGACCUUGUGACGGAGCAGAUAGACCCGAAAAAACACAGAUUUGCAAGAAGGUGUUGGCAGCAUGGGCGAUGGGUGCCGAUGCGUUUAUAUAUCCGGAAGAAGCCGGUCUAUCUAUUGGGGGAGCCGAUUUCAAUCCGCAUGUCAUGUUGGAGGUGCAUUACAAUAAUCCUGAGCUGCACCAAGGCGUCGUUGAUUCAUCUGGAAUCCGAUUUGUUCUAACUAAGACUCUCAGAAAGUAUGACGCCGGUGUCAUCGAGCUUGGUCUCGAGUAUACUGAUAAGAUGGCUAUACCUCCGCAACAGGAAGCCUUCAUGCUAUCUGGUCACUGCAUAACAGAGUGCACCGGAGUCGGACUGCCCCAAAGUGGCAUUCACAUUUUCGGCUCUCAACUGCACACGCAUUUAACGGGCACCAAAGUCGUCACCCGUCAUGUGAGGGACGGCGAAGAGUUAUCACUGUUGAACUAUGACAAUCACUACUCUACUCAUUUCCAGGAGAUUAGAUUGCUGCCAAAACCAGUGACCAUCCUGCCUGGAGAUUCUCUGAUAACUACAUGCACUUACAACACUAUGAAAAGAGAUAACGUGACUCUUGGCGGCUUCGCUAUAUCCGACGAGAUGUGCGUUAAUUAUAUUCAUUACUAUCCCAACGCGCAAUUAGAGGUGUGCAAGAGUGCCAUAAGCGACGAUGCUUUGCGGACGUAUUUCCGUUAUAUGCGAGAAUGGGAAAGUCAAGGCACCAGUUUGGAAAAGGGCAUCUCGGCGAAUUAUAAAAGCAUCGAGUGGACCAAGGUCCGCGUGGAAGCUCUUCACGAUCUCUACGAAGCUGCGCCUUUAGGGAUGCAGUGCAAUGGCUCCGAUGGCACCCGAUUACCUGGCUUGUGGGAUAAUAUCGCAGCGACACCCGUCAGAUUGCCUUUGUCGCCGCCAGCCAGAGAUUGCCUGGAGUCUUCGAUCCAGCGAGAGAUCUCGGAUCAGAUGUGAAUGAUGGUCGAUUUAAAAAUUUGAGUUAUGUCAUUCAGUUGUGUGACUAUUUCAAGGGAACAAACAAAAUAAUUAAAAGUCCAAUUCAGAGCAUAUCAAAUUUAGCGUUAUACAUGUCGCUUCUUUGAAAUCUCUUCUGAAAUAAUAAUGUUUGAAUUAUUAGACGUUUGUAAAAGGAUUUCAUGAAACUGAAGCUUGGCUCACGGCCCAUAUCGGAAGGAAAGAUGCAAAAAAGAUAUAAAGAACCUACCGAUGUAAAAGUUUAUAAACUUUCAGUAUAUUUAUCCACUUUAAGUGUGUUUCUUCACUUUUUGGCAGUACAGUACGCAUUUCGCUGCGAACAAGCUAGCUUGAUCAAAUCUUGUAACAAAUAGUUGUGACGCAAUAAUUAUCUCGUAUAUAUACUAUAUAUAUGUGGAGUAAUAAUAUUAAUAUUAUAAUAAUAUUAAUAAUAACACAAA